AUGCCGCAUAAUGAUCCACUCCUCGUUAAUAUUGGUAUUGGCGAAUGCCAGGUCACGAAGGCCCUCAUUGAUACUGGUAGCUAUGUCGACCUUAUCUUUAGGGAUACGCUCGACAAGAUGGGAAUCGAUUUAUGCGACAUGAAGCCUUCAUCACGAACUCUUACCGGGUUCAACGGUUCCUCGGAGCAAAUAAUCGGGAUAAUACGUCUCCCAGUCUACGCAGGGGAUACAACCCGAACUGUUAAGUUCUCCGUCAUUCGGGCAAAAGCGCCUUACAACGCUAUCCUCGGCACCCCAUGUUUGCAUUCAAUGAAAGCCGUUCCCUCGACUUAUCAUCAAUGUGUCAAGUUUCCAGGAAAGGACGGAACAACACAGACAAUCCGUGGAGACCAACGGGCCGCUAGGGAGCUCAGACAAUCCGCGCAACAGUCAGUUUCUCUUGUCAACUCAGUUGCCAAACCAAUCCAUAAGAUCUACCCUCAGAAGGAGGAAAUCCGGGAAGUCCCCAUUAAUGAAGCCGGCCCGUCAAAGGCUGUACGCGUCGGCGCCUAUCUCUCCGACGAGAUGCAGUCACAAGUCAUCUCCUUCCUCAAAGCAAACGCUUCCACUUUUGCAUGGGCAACUUUUAAUAUGAAAGGAGUAGACCGCGCAGUCACGUCUCACGAGUUGAACGUUGAUCCGACGUUCAAACCCAUCCGACAGAAGAGAUGGAAGCUCGGACCUGAACGAUCCAAAGCCGUAAAUGAGCAGGUCGACAGGCUGCUCGACGCAGGUUUCAUUGCCGAAGUACGGUACCCAGAAUGGCUAGCCAACCCUGUCGUAGUGAAGAAAAAGAACAGGAAAUGGCGCAUCGGUGUUGACUUCGCCGAUUUAAACAAAGCUUGCCCGAAGGACAGCUACCCUCUCCCACACAUCGAUCGUCUAGUAGAAUCGACAGCCGACAAUGAACUCCUCUCCUUCAUGGACGCCUUCUCAGGGUACAACCAAAUUAUGAUGCACGCUGAUGAUCGCGAGAAAACAACAUUCAUAACAGAUAGGGGAACGUAUUGCUACAAAGUCAUGUCUUCCGGUCUAAAGAACGCAUGA